GUACUUUAUGAUCUUCAAAGUGGAGGUAAAAUUCUGAAAUUAGAAAAUCUAAAUUCAACACGUUUACACUAAUUAUGGCGCAUUUAUAAGAUAUUGUUAAGCGAUUGGCUGGUGUAUUGACAGCUAAUCAAAUAUGGCUGGCUUAAAGCAGAUGUCAACAUUAGUACAAUCUGUACUUCGUACGACAGGGAACUCAUGUAACAAAUGUGGACAACGUCAUGCUUCAAACCUCUACAGGAGGGAAAAGAGAAAGAAGGAAAAGGAAGAUUCGGUAUUUCAGCAUUUGGGAAAGAACUAUCAGAGGACAGAUCGUGUGUAUGUCUGGGGCAAUGCAACAACAGGUGCUCUAGGUAUACGUCAGCUGCAUCGUCCAGAGAAAAACAGGAGCACUGUAAACACUGUCAGCAGGCCUAGACGACUCUCUUUCCUUGAUAAAUAUGACAUAAAGUUGUCAGAUGUUGGUACUGGCUAUGGGUAUACAGUGUUGUGUGGUAAAAGCCCAAAUGGUCCUCUGUUGAUGGGAUGUGGUGUUAAUCUCGACUCACAGCUUGGAUACCAGGAAUACCCCAAGAAUACAGGAAGGCUUUUAGAUGUAAUCAUAGAGCCGGUGCCCAUUGAGUUGCCUCUUAUAGAACCAUCUACCACUAGAAUGACACAGGUAGCAUGUGGGAGACUACAUACAAUUGUACUAACAGAUAAAGAAGGAGUCUAUACACUUGGCAACAAUUCCUAUGGUCAAUGUGGGAGACCUACAGUUGAGGGGGAGGUCUACAGAGGAAAUCAAAUUGUCCAUAAACUUGUCACUCCAGAUUCUAAUAUAAAGCAGGUUGUUUGUGGUCUGGAUCAUACCAUGUUGCUGACUGAGGGUGGGCAGGUUUAUAGUUUUGGAUUGAAUGCAGAUGGUCAGCUAGGGUCUGGGACAUACCAAUCUGAAUUCACCCCUACCAUGGUUAAGGGAGAUAUAGAAGGAGAAAAGAUUGUUCACAUUGCCUGUAAGGCUGACUGUAUACUAGCAGUAUCAGCUAAGGGUGACAUAUUUGGCUGGGGUAACUCGGAGUACAACCAGUUAUCGUCAGUAACUGAUAAGACCCAAGUGAACAUUCCACGCCAUCUACCCUUCAAACAUGUUGGCCGUGUACAGCGUGUGUGUGCCACUGGUUCAAUGUGCGGAUUAAUUAAUGAAUCUGGCAAAGUUUUUGUGUGGGGAUUUGGAAUUCUGGGUAAAGGACCAAAGUUACAACAGACAGGCACUCCUACAGAAAUUCCAAUGACCUUAUUUGGAAAUAAUGAGUUUAAUGAGGAUGUACAUGUGAAGGAUCUUCAAUGUAGUCUCAAUCACUUUGCAGCAAUAACAAACAAAGGUGACCUGUAUAUGUGGGGUAGGAACAUUGCUGGAGCACUUGGCUUUGGCCACAAACAAGAUCAGUUCUUCCCAAUGAAGGUAGCUGUGCCAUGUGAAGUCUCAUCAGUUCACUGUGGUGUAGACCAUACAAUAGCAGUGGGGAAAGCCUUUGCAUAGACAAGUCAGAAACCUUAUUAAGAUUACAAAUAUGCAGAAUGAACAGAGUUUUAUGAGCAAUGAUAACUACAUGAAGUACAUUUCAUUUAAUUGUAUUGUCUACUUAAAAUACAAUAUCACAUCAUGAUUUCGAUAUAUAUUGUUGGCUACGUGUACAGGGUAUGUGACACUUUGUGAAUAUGGAAGCAAAAUGGACAGAUACCUGGAUUAAGAAACAUUUAACUCAUGGAAGAAUGAAGAAUUCCCCAAAUUAGAAUUAAGAAUGUAAGUAAGCAUGAAGUGGAGU